GUAACUACUAAAACUGAAAUGUGUUCUCAUGUUUUUCUGACAAGGAAUGUCCUGCUCUGGUAUGAUAGCCUUGUUUGGUGACUUUGUCUCGUCAGAGCAACUGUUAUCUUCUUUGGUGCUCACUUGAUAAAGUGCCUUGGCAAGCCUGUAAUCACAACAGGCUAGGCUAAGGAAAUUGGCUGAUAGCUUAUGCCAAAUUCACAUCAUAGAAAUUUGAAUCUAUAUAUUAUAAUAAUUAUAAAGUUAGUAUAGUUUAUAUCUAUUUUUUAUUUAUUUAUUUUUCUUAAUCAAGCUUAACAACAUAAUCUUUGAAUUCUGUAAGGGGGAGAAAAUGUGACCUUCCAGAGGACGUGGCUUAGCAAUGCAGGUGGAUAGUAGUAAACCUCAACAUUUCCCAAAUACUCUCACUGAUGAUCAUAAAAUUCAAAAAAUUGACAGAAGUUCAAGAUUAUGGAUUCAAUGAUGGAAGGUUGUUUCUGUGGAGAGGAAAGAUAAAUCUCACUGUCAUUAGAUUUUUCUACUGUAAGGGGAAAAAAUAGAAAAAUGAGAACAAGAAAAUCAGGUUGAAUUUUUUUUUUUAUUUAUCAACUAGAAGGGAUUGAUGAGGGGUCUCAGUGCAACAGUAAGGUUGCUCCAAUGCGACCUUGUGGUCAGGGGUUCAACUUGGGAAAUAAGUCUCUCCGCAAAGUGGGGGUAAGGCUGCAUACAUUAUGAUCCUCCCCAGGCCCCACGGUGGCAGGUGCCUCGUGCAGUGGCCAAGCCCUUUUAAGGUAUUGAUGAGGGGGGAAAUCUACAGGAAAAAUGCUUGGAAGACCUAUUAAAGAAUGAUAGCUAAAGUCUGAAGCAUUUGGAAACAUGUUUUGUUCGUCUUGUCCUACCCAUGUGUGUGACUGAAUUGAUUGCCUGCUAAGUUGGCAAGUAUUUAGAUUAUCUUGCCUUUUUAUUCCUGUGAAAGUUCACCGGGUUGCUUGGGAGUGUCAAGUGUGACCGACUGUCUUCAACAAUUUUAUUUCUAUUGUUUUGUCAGAACAAGUCCAUCUAUGGGCUAGCAAAACAAUGGUUGGUUAAUGGAGAUUGGAUCGCAAGGGGAUAAUGUUGAUUGGAUCACAAGCGGAUUAUGAAUUUAGAGACUGGUUGUCAGUUGGAGUCUUAAUAGGCUGAGCUGGUGUGAUGGGCUCUUAUGACUUCCUGUGAACCUGGCUUGCUCUGCCUUUUUGGCCUUUUAGCUGACUCUGUUUAGCUGUGGAGUGAAUUAAAUAAAUAGCUGGGCUGGGUUUGAAAUCAAAACGCAUUGUGUGUUUGUAUGUAAUACACCUCUAUUGUUGUUUGUGUGCUAAUGGGGAAAUGUCCCCUUUACUACUUUUGGCCAUGUUUUGGAGUUUAUGAAUGAAAAGUUGGCAACAAAGCUAAUUGUCUGGAUUUUUGUUACUCUGAUAGAGAUCUCUCUGUUCUUUUCUCCCUUUCAAUAUGCGUAUCUUACUCUUCAAGAUCUACCAAAAGUUCCUGCUCCUUCAGUGGCAUCUGCAGAAGAAGCCGCCACAGUUGAGAGCAAUGACAUUGAUGAGGACCUGGUGCUCCCAGAUGUGCCAACCAAAGCCCCUGUUGCUCCUGAGGCGGUUGCAGAUGUUGGUGACAAUUCUCCCACAAGAGUAUCCACAAGAAGAAAAGUUAUGGAGGAACAAUUACCUGCUUGAUUGAUGGAAGAAUUCAGUCCUCAUACAAUGUCUGUGGUUUGUAGUAGUGCACGGAUUUUUUUUUCCUUGCGUUGUCAUCAAACAUUACUUACUUGGGACUUGAUUCCUACAAUAUGUACAUUUUGAACGAUACAUCAUCAGUGUAUAAAGCCGCCAUUUAUACAUGCCUUGUGCCUUAAAUUCA